CUCCGCCUUCUCCUCCGGCUGCCACCGCCUCCCUCCAGGCGCCCGCCCCAGCUGCCGCCCGCCGGCUCGCUCGUGCAGCCGCGAUGCCCCGGAGCCCGACCCUGGUCCGGGUCCCCGGCCCACCUCGUUGUUAGCCUCCGUGCACCCCGCGCGCGCCGCCGCCAACGCCGCGCCCCAACGCAGCGAUGGGCAACACCGUGCAUAGGACCCUGCCAGACCCAAGCCCGCCGGCUCGCCUCCUGGCCACCCGGCCGUGCUGCGGCCCCGGCCCCGAGCGGCGCCCGGUGCUGGGCGAAGCGCCGCGCUUCCACGCACAGGCCAAAGGCAAGAACGUGCGGCUGGACGGCCACUCGCGCCGGGCCACUCGACGCAACAGCUUCUGCAAUGGCGUCACGUUCACGCAGCGGCCCAUCCGGCUGUACGAGCAGGUGCGGCUGCGCCUGGUGGCCGUGCGCCCCGGCUGGAGCGGCGCGCUGCGCUUCGGCUUCACGGCGCAUGACCCGUCGCUCAUGAGCGCCCAGGACAUCCCCAAGUACGCCUGCCCUGACCUUGUCACGCGGCCUGGCUACUGGGCCAAGGCGCUGCCCGAGAACCUGGCGCUGCGCGACACCGUGCUAGCCUACUGGGCGGACCGCCACGGCCGCGUGUUCUACAGCGUCAAUGACGGCGAGCCCGUGCUCUUCCACUGCGGGGUGGCCGUGGGCGGCCCGCUCUGGGCGCUCAUCGACGUCUACGGCAUCACCGAUGAGGUGCAGCUCCUCGAGAGCGCCUUCGCCGACACGCUGACGCCCGCACGGCUCAGCCAGGCCCGCUUCAGCGCCUGCCUGCCGCCCAGCAGCCACGACGCCGCCAACUUCGACAACAACGAGCUCGAGAACAACCAGGUGGUGGCCAAGCUGGGCCACCUGGCACUGGGCCGCGCCCUGGGCCCGCUGCCCGCCGACGCCUCGGCCGCCGCCAUCCCGUGCGGACCCCGCGAGCGCCCUCGGCCCGCAUCGUCGCCGGCGCUGCUGGAGGCUGACCUGCGCUUCCACGCCACGCGCGGACCCGACGUGAGUCUGUCCGCCGACCGCAAAGUGGCCUGUGCACCGCGGCCCGAUGGCGGCCGCACGCUCGUCUUCUCUGAACGCCCGCUGCGACCCGGCGAGAGCCUCUUCGUGGAGGUGGGCCGCCCGGGGCUAGCGGCGCCCGGCGCGCUGGCCUUCGGCAUCACGUCGUGUGACCCGGGUGGGCUCCGGCCCGCGGAGCUGCCAGCCGACCCCGACGCGCUGCUCGACCGCAAGGAGUACUGGGUAGUGGCGCGUGCCGGGCCGGUGCCAAGCGGCGGCGACGCGCUCAGCUUCACGCUGCGGCCCGGCGGCGACGUGCUCCUGGGCGUCAAUGGGCGCCCGCGCGGCCGCCUGCUGUGCGUCGACACCACGCAGGCGCUCUGGGCCUUCUUCGCCGUUCGCGGCGGCGCCGCGGGUCAGCUGCGCCUCCUCGGCACCCUGCAGUCCAGCCCUGCGACCACAUCCCCAUCAGGGUCCCUCAGCGGCUCCCAGGAUGAUAGCGACUCUGAUAUGGCCUUCAGUGUCAACCAGUCCUCCUCAGCAUCUGAGUCAUCCUUGGUGACCGCACCCAGCUCCCCACUGAGCCCCCCAGUGUCCCCCGUGUUCUCCCCACCAGAGCCGGCAGGCAGCAAGAAUGGCGAGUGCACAGUGUGUUUUGACGGCGAAGUGGACACAGUCAUCUACACGUGUGGACAUAUGUGUCUGUGCCACAGCUGUGGCCUGCGGCUCAAGAGGCAGGCCCGCGCCUGCUGCCCCAUCUGCCGGCGGCCCAUCAAGGAUGUCAUUAAGAUCUAUAGGCCAUAGCCUGGCCUGCCAACGGGCCUUGGCCAGAGCAAGGUCACCUUUCUGAAGGCCCCCUGGGCCAGGCAACUGCUGUGGUCACCAGGGGGUCCAAGGGCCGUGGCCAUCCGGUCUGCCACUCUCCAGUGGUGGACAAGGCAUGACAGUCAUGGAGAUGAGUCCCUGGGGGUCUGAGCCCAGGCAAGGGCUGCUUCUGACUCAAAAGUGCUUUGUCCCCAAAAGGCCGUCCCAACAGCGAGCUCAGGAACUGCCUGGCAGACCACCCUGUCCCUUGGUGACCUCUCAGCUGGGAAACAGCAUUCUCUGUGCAAUGCUCUUUGCAUUGGGUUGGGUUGAGUGUGUGUGAGAGAGGGUGAGGGGAGGGAGCUGCCAGAGAAGAGAGAGGGAAUGUGUGUGAGAGAAUGAGUGAGCGAAAAAGCAUAGAUAUUUAUCCAGGGAUCCUGGCUCUAAGAGGUUAUUUAACACUAAGGAAUGUGCAAUCCAGAGCCCAGACGGUAGCGUGACUCGAAAUUAUUCACUUUCUGGGGCUGGAACGUCAGCUGGUUUUGAAUGUAUGAAGCCUGCACCUUGGAACUCCCUUGGAUGGUAUAGAAAAGGGGCACUCAGAUUUUCUAAGGGGAGGAAAAAAUAGCUCAUUGUUUACAGCUCCCAAGCAGCAACGCCUUGGGGGGAAGGUGGGUGGAGAACUGAAAAGAACAAUUUGCUUUUUUAGUUUCUUUCUCAGCCCUGGAGAGGAGAUUGGAUGGGUGCUGCGGCCCACUGAGAGCUCUGGGUGCUGUCAUCCCCUGAAGCCUUUCACCCCUUCACCCCAGAUAGCCUAAUAAUAAGCAUAGCGCACCUUGACUCAGUCCCUCUGGAUGUUUUUUGUCUGUCCCACCCCUUGCUGUCCCCAAGAAGACAAGCAGCAGGUUCUCUUUUCCUGGGGGAGGGAAAGAAUCCAGGAGGCAGCUGACUCACCUGCAG